UCUUACUCUGUGCCCUCCAAGCAGGGCUUGCUGAAGGUUGCCAUAGACAACACGCGCGCUCAGGACAAGCAGGUGCAGACGGAGAAGUCAGAGCUGAAGAUGGAACUGUUCAGAGAGAGGGAGCUAAGAGAGACACUGGAGAGACAGCUCACCAUGGAGCAGAAAAACAGAGUGCUGAUCCAGAAGCGCCUGAAGAAAGAGAAGAAGAGUAAGAGGAAACUUCAGGAGGCUCUGCAGUUUGAGUGUAAACUGAGAGACCAUGCUGAGCAGACUCUGCAGCAGACUGGAGCGUCAGACAGAGCCCUCUGUGACUCACUGACCCAGGAAGUAGACAACGGUAACCAAGGUAACGGCAGGACUGACGCAGAGGCAGCGAUACAAGAUGGAAGACUCUUCCUGAAAACCACAGUGAUGUAUUGAAGACAACAUGGAGAGAAGAGAAGAUCGAUUCGAGCACCAUUGAAGAGAUUC